AUGGUCGAAGAGGCUAAGUCAGACGACUUUCACAAUGCAAUUCGCGAACUUCGCCUUGCCGUGGAAAGACUCGAAGCUAGGAUAGGUGCGGACCGAGGGCCCAGUAUUCACAAAGCGGAGAAGAAUCUGUAUUAUGUUAAAUUUUCAGAGGAAGACUUUACUGCCUGGUACUCUCAACUCAGAAUUAUACCAUACAACUUCGAAGCCUUUAUUCCCCAGGAUAAUCGCUUAGAUCUCUCCUUUCUUUGCGAGUCAUUAAUCAAGCCCGACAGCAAUUGGCUUGCGAGUGGGUGUCGAUAUAUUAUAGUCGACUACAUUAUAGGCUCCAUUAUCGAUAUUCGUAACGAUAAACGCUGUGCUUAUGGAGAGGAGUCUUUUGAGCGUUGGGUGAAUGAUGAACCCAGAGUCCGUAAAGAUCUUUUGUAUUUUCACCGCAUCCAAAGGGAACUCCCCGAUCCAAAGCGAAUAUCGAGUGUUGAAAUCUGGACAAAACUAGGAUGA